AUGAGAAAAUUAUUUGAGCAAGUAACGAAUUCCACGAUUCUCUUGUCAAUGAUCUCCAGUUGUGGUCAUAUGAUGGGCGAGGCAGCGGAAUGUGAAUUGUGCACUUUAUCAACUGUCAAUAAAAGUGGAACUCCGUCUUGGUCGAGCGGAAAUCCGGAAAUUGACAGGAUCAUCUCGAAUUCACAGUCGAAGUCCCAAUUUAUGUUCUCUCAUGUAGAAUGGAUUCCAUUUGAACGGUUGAGGGACAUAAACAAGAUCUCCAGAGGUGGGUUUGGAGGUGUAUAUUCUGCGUGGUGGAACGACGGACCCAUGUGUUUCUAUGGGAGCGAGAGGAUCGGUGGUGGUCAAUUGGUUGCUAUCAAGAGUCUCGGGGGAGAAUUGACUCCCGAUCUUUUGCGUAAACUUGAAACUUACAUCAAAGUCUCAACGUCGCAAACAAAUUUACGUUACGAGUUAUUAGGAUUAUUUCAGUGUUACGGAAUGACCCGGAAUCCAUCCACCGGCGAAUACUGUUUAGUGAUGGACUAUGCCAAAAAUAGUGAUCUAAGAAAUUAUCUAGAUAACAAUUACAGGAAAAUGAAUUGGAUUUCGGAUAAACUCCAGAUCCUCGGCAACAUAGCGAGAGGAUUAAAAUUAAUCCAUGGCGAAGGAUUAAUUCAUGGGGAUUUGCACUCGGGCAAUGUGUUGAUUGGAGAUGAUGGGGUGGCAAUCAUUACGGAUCUCAUCCUUUCACCUGCCUGCGUCAAUGAAAGUGAGAAAGCAGAAAACGAAUCCAAAGGAAUGUACGGAGUGCUCCCGUUUGUUGCACCGGAAAUACUACAACAUUCGGAUUUUACGACGAGUCUAGCCGUAGAGAUUCGCGAUGAGGUGAAACAACUGGAAAUAGUCGAGGGGACACCGAAAUGCUACACUGAUUUUAUGAAAAAAUGUUUGGAUUCCGAUCCAAAGAAGAGACCGACUGCUGACGACAUCUGUGAUUUGGUGUACGAGUGGUACUUCCUGGAGAGGGAUUGUGAACAGUAUGAGAACUCUGACAAUGAAAGAUUAGAAAAAGAUCAAAGUUCAGCGAGAUUUGAGAAAGGGAAACGAUUGAUCUCGGAGGAGAAGUUUCACAGUCAGUUCAUUGAUUUGGAGGCGAUCUCAAAAGUUGAAAGAUUUGAAGAAGAUGGUAUGUAUGCAUUUCUUGUUAAUCGUUUCUCCUUGGGAACUCGAAUCGGUCUCACAUUCUGCUUUUUCUUCCCCUCCCCUUCCAUUGUUUUCUCCUACAACCUGGAAACCGACAUUCGAUUCAUUUGCAUAAGAUUGGAAUAA